AUGUCACAGCGAACCAUUUUCGUCAGCGGUGCCACUGGCACAGUCGGCGGUGCAGUCGCCAGAAACCUGCUCUCAGAAGGCAUCGCCGUCCGCGCCCUUGCUCGUGAUCCCGAUUCACCCGCUGCGAAAGCUCUAUCUGCCCUCGGCGCGUCCAUUAUACAAGGAGAUUACGACGACGACACCGCCCUCACAAAGGCGAUGAGCGGCGUUGCCGGAGCCUUUCUGAAUCUGACCCCAAACUUCGUUGACCACACCUGGGAGCUCACAACUGCGAAACGGAUCAUGGCUGCGGCCAGGCAGGCGGGGGCGACGCACUUCAUCUACAGCAGCAGCUUCGCCGUUCAGGCGCCCGAGUUGCUCAAGCACUGGGAUCCGAACAGCUUCAUCGCGAAGGUCCUCUUGUCGAAACAGGCCAUUGAGAAAGAGGUCCGCAAGGCUGGCUUCAGCAACUGGACGAUUCUCCGACCCGGUCAUUUCGCGGCGAAUUACCUUGUCCCGCUCGCCGCCAAGUUUCCCGAGCUCGUCAACGACGGGCGCUUCGUCACCGCGUUGAGACCCGAGAACAAAGUCCCGAUGGUAGACCCCAACGACAUUGGCAGGUUUGCCUUGGCGGCGUUCCAAGACCCUGGCAAGUUCAACGCCGAAGAGGUGGCCAUCUCGUCCGAGUUGUUGACGGUGGAUGAUAUCAUGGCGAAGCUGGCCAGGGCCACGGGAAGAGACAUUAAGGCUGUAUACCUUUCCGACGAGGAGGUUGAGGCGCAGAAGGCGGGGAAUCCGUUCAUUGGUGGCCAGCUGGCCGCGCGUGACAUAGACCAGUUUGCUGAUGUGGAAAAGACGCAAAGCUGGGGCGUUCCUUUGGGAACUUUUGACGAGUUUCUAGAGCGGGAGAAGGACAGAGUCAAGGAGACUUAUGGGCAACUUGCCUAG